AGAAUUUGUCAAAGGAUAAUUAAUAUUUAGAGCUUACUUUGCUAGACCAAACGUGUAUUGUUUCUUCUACCCUGUUCCUUCAAACAUGUCAUUCUCUUCACACUCACACUUUUCCCAUAUAUACACCCAAAUUCAAUAACCAACCAUACUUUUCUGUUCUUUAGCUAUGAAGUUCUCAAUUUUUUCUUGUUUCUCUUCUCAAAAUAACAACAACAAAAACGAUUACCCCGAGGCAGAGAAUGAUGGAAGCUUUCGUGUAUUUACUUAUCAUCAAUUGAAAUUAGCUACUGGUAAUUUUGGUAACAAGAUUGGAGAAGGUGGAUUUGGCUCUGUUUAUAAGGGGAGGCUCGUGGAUGGAUCUUCUGUGGCAGUGAAAGUGCUUUCUAUUGAGAUUGAAUCGAUGCGAGGAGAGAGGGAAUUUGUUGCAGAAUUGGCUACACUAGCAAAUAUAAAGCACCAAAAUCUUGUUAGCCUUAAAGGGUGUUGUGUUGAAGGGGCAAAAAGAUAUUUAGUCUAUGAUUACAUGGAAAACAAUAGCCUCCAUCACACUUUCUUAGGUUCUGAGGAUAGAAGGAUGAGAUUCAGUUGGGAAGCAAGGAGGAAUAUAUCAAUAGGUGUGGCUUCUGGAGUUUCCUAUCUCCAUGAGGAGUUGAAGCCUCAUAUAGUACACAGAGACAUCAAAGCCAAAAAUAUACUCAUUGACAGAAAUUUUACACCAAAAGUUUCCGAUUUUGGUUUGGCCAAAUUAAUGAGAGAUGAAACAUCUUACAUUAGCACUAAAGUUGCGGGGACAUUGGGUUAUUUGGCUCCAGAAUAUGCUAGUUCAGGACAACUAAGAAGAAAAUCAGAUGUUUAUAGCUUUGGAGUAUUGCUUUUACAAAUUGUUACUGGCUUGGCUGUUGUUGAUGCUUAUACAGAUAUUGAACGUUUCAUUGUAGAAAAGGCUUGGGCAGCUUAUGAGGCCAAUGAUCUAUUAAGAAUAGUGGAUGCUGUGCUUAAUACAAACUAUUCAGCAGAAGAAGCCAUAAAAUUCCUCAAAGUUGGAUUACUUUGCGUGCAAGAAACUGCAAAACUUAGACCACGAAUGUCAGAGGUUGUAGAAAUAUUGACCAACAAUAUUGAUACUAUGAAGGAUGUUCACAUUUCAAAACCAGGAUUUGUUGCUGAUCUCAGAAACAUCAGAAUAAAACAACACAUGACAACAGACUCGCCGCAAGGAUCUAGUUCUUCAGGAACAAGCUUUGCAAGCUCCGUUUGGAGUGUUAAAAAUCUCGCUCGUUGAUUUAGAUCAAUAAAUCAGACAUAUUCUAUUUAAAAUAUAUAUAUAAAUAUAUAUAUUUUGCUACAUAUGAUUUUUUUUUUCACCUUCGUGUAAUUUUGCACGGGUUUUUUACUAGUUUAGGAAUAGGUUGGUGUCAAAUUAGUCACCAUGUAUAGAUAGCAAUAGCGCUUAAGAGAUUUAUUAAAUUGAAAUGUUCAUAAUCAUUUUUUGUUCUUAGGAUUGGUAGAAUUGUUUUCAGUUUAAAUUUUUGUGUGGAAUUGCUUCCUAUGUACUAAGAAUUAUUUUUUCUGACUUGCAUUGGCAAGUGGAGGGACAUGCAAUUUUCAAUAUCUCUAGUUGACAUUGGAUAUUGAUGAAGAAUUUAGAGCCUGUAAUUUUUUUAAUCAAUUUUUCAAGUUAGUUGAA